AUCUAGAUAAAAAGGCCGAUUGACACUUGACAGUGACAGUUAAACAGUUUCAAUACUAUUUGUUUAAAAUGUUACAUUUCAAACUAAAGUUUCAACAUUGAACAAUCAACAAUUCAACAAUCCUCAAUCAAGCUUUAUUUGAUAUCUGGGAUUACGAUGAGAUGAACCUUUGAUAUCCUUCGAAUCCGGAAAUCACACACAGAAAUGCUACAAGAGGACUCCAAUGGAGAGUCUUCCUUUGAAAUAGUUCAUGACACCUCAGAGAAAACAGGUUCCACCAGUACAGUAUCAUCAGGAUUCUCAAUGUCAUCUCCACCAGGUAACUUGUUGGCAAACGUGCCUCCUCCAGCUACCCUACCUGAUUUCAAAGUAUGGCCAACAGCUGCACCAGAGGCCAAACCAGCUUUUGCUGAUGUCCCAACUGUAGGGGUUACCAGUGUUCCCCAAAUCCCAGCAGUUCGAUCUCAACCAACACUUAAUAAUGUGAAUCCAUUGCCAUUGCCAGAAAAUGAACAGUUUCCAAGAACACAAUUCAGUGCUGCUAUUCCACCCAGUAAAGGUAUUCAAUUGGGCCCCACUCUUCACCACAAAGCAAAUGAGAAAGAUGUUCCUGGUGGUUUUAUGGGUUACUUCAAAGAGGCCUUCACCAGUGGGGGAGUUCUGUCCAAAAUGGCAGAGAAAGCUAAGAGUUCUGUGGAUUCUAUUAUCACAACUUUGGAUCCACAAAUGAGUGAAUAUAUUUAUUCUGAAGGUGAAACUGAGGUAACAGUAAUUUCUGAUAAUGAAGAUGAAGUUGGAGCAAUAAGAGAAGCAUUCCAUUCAGUGUUUGGAAAAGCAUGGGUGAAUGGGAUCAAGUUGAAUAUUCCUGGAAAAAGAUCCCAAGCCAUUGGUUUUGAGAGUGGAAGAAGGAAUGCAGAAGAAAACAUCAAGCAGUCAAUGAAAUACAGAAAUACUCCUACUGUGGCCAUGGAAAAUAUUUUGAUACAAGAAAAUAAUGAGUGGUUUGAUCUCACCAUCUUGGUGCUGAAGGAUAUGGAAAAACAGAUAACUGUACAGACUUUCAGUCAAGCUACUCCAGUCCCAGUAGAGGAAUUUCUAAAAAAUGUUACAAGUGAGAUGCCUGAAACUCAGUCCUUGAGUGUUGAAGAGAAACUGGCAAUUUUUGCACAAGCAAGAAGUAAUUGGCAACAACACAUCUCAGGUGUUUCAAGGAAAGAGGUGAUUUUUCUUGCCGCCAAAACUCUGGUAAGAUUAUACAAGAAUAAACUGUCACUGAUACAUUAAUGUCUGUCUGUACUUAGAUUAUUUAAAAUGUGACGUAUGAACAAAUUAACCUGUAUUAUGUUGAACAAGGGUUGAGCUCAGAAUAUUUUUUUAUGAUUAUCGAAUGUUGUAGCUAUAUUAUAAUAUUAUGUCAAUAUAAGAUUAUUAUUUUCAUGUUUCAUUACUUUGUAACUUGCAUGAGGAAAAACAUGAUUCAGUACAA